AUGAUUGAAGAUGCCUUAGAUAAGCUAGUAGCAGAUGAAAUGAUGGAACCCAUAUCACAUAGUGAAUGGGCAGUUCCUAUUGUACCUGUAUUGAAAGAAAAUAAGGUUGAAAUGAGGAUUUGUGGAGAUUUUAAAGUUUUGAAUAAACAAAUUCAUUGUGACAGGUAUCCGUUACCAAAGAUAGAGGAAUUGUUAUCUGUUGUUGGUAAAGGAAAGUUUUUUUCCAAAAUUGAUUUAAAGAAUGCUUACCUUCAAAUACCUGUUGAUGAGAAAAGUCAAGAGUACUUAGUAAUUAAUACUCAUAAAGGAUUGUUUAAAUAUAAGCGCUUACCUUUUGGCAUGUCCUCAUCUCCUGGUAUUUUCCAAAGGUUUAUUUCUCAACUGUUGGCAAAUGUGGAGGGUGUAGCUGCUUAUUUAGAUGAUAUUAUUACUAACACCGUUUUAGAGGCUGAAUCUAUUGAAUAUUUAGGAUACCACAUCUCAGGUGGAGUCAAGCCAUCUUCAAAGGGACUGAAAGCUAUUUUAGAUUGUCCAUGUCCUACUUCUGUUGAAGAAGUUCAAUAUUUUUUAGGUAUGAUUACUUACUAUUGCAAGGUUGUAAAGAACCUUUCUUCUAAGCUAGCUCCCUUGUAUGAUUUGUUGAAGAAAAAUGUAAAAUUUAGAUGGACUUCAGUACAGCAGAAGGCGUUUGAAGGCAUUAAAAGAGAUUUUUCAGAGUCCAAAGUGCUGACUAGUUUUGAUGGGGAUAGUCCUUUAAUAAUUGAAGUGGAUGCGUCUCCUGUAGGUGUGGGUGUGUUUUGUUACAAAAGAAUACAAAGAUGGGCUUUGUUGUUAUCUCAGUAUGAUUAUGAAUUAGUUCACAAACCUGGGAAGGAAAAUGUAAUUGCUGAUGCCUUAAGCAGAUUGCCACUUGAUGAUGAUUUUCAUUCUGGUACACCAGCUGAAUAUGUUAAAUUGGUUGAAUUACUUGAUUUUGAUGACAUCUCUUUUCAGGCAGUUAAACAUUUCACCAAUAAGGAUGCUGUAUUGUCUCGGUUGAAAAAUUGUUUGAAGCUGGGAUGGUCAAAGGAACAUAAUAUGUCACUUCUGGAAUAUGCCUCUGUAAAAGAUGACUUAUCUCUCCAUAAUGAUGUAAUAUUGUAUAGAAAUAGAGUUUUGAUUCCUGUUGAGUUAAGAUGUAAGGUUUUGAACCAUUUGCAUUGUGGGCAUAAUGGUAUAAAUGCUAUGAAAGCUGAGGCAAGGAAUUGGGUAUGGUGGGCAAAGAUAGACCAGGACAUAGGAGAAGUCACAAAGAAUUGUAGCAUUUGUUUUAAGAAUUUUACAAAUCCUCGAGCUCCUACAUUGUCUUGGCCUAUUGUUGGUAAACCAUGGUCUCGACUGCACAUAGAUUUUGCAGGACCAAUUGAUGGUAAAUACUUUUUGAUAAUUGUAGAUUCUCAUAGUAAAUUUUUGGAUAUUCAGUUUUCUAGUUCCACUACGUCAGCUGUUACCAUUGGUCAUUUGAGGAAGACAUUCUGUAAUUUUGGUAUACCUGAUAUCAUUGUAUCGGAUAAUGCUCCAAAUUUUGUUUCUCAAGAGAUGGAGGAGUUCUUGUGUAAAAAUAGUAUUAAGCAUGUAACACCAGCUCCUUAUCAUCCAUCCUCCAAUGGUCUGGCUGAAACGGCUGUGAGAACAUUCAAGGAGGGCCUGGGAAAAUUUAAGAAGAGAGAUAUUCAGACCAGAAUUUGUAGAUUUUUGUAUAAUUAUAGGAGGACUGUGAAUUCUUCCACGGGUAAGGCCCCAGCAGAAAUAAUAUUCGGUAGGAAUUUCAAAGGUACUGUUGAAUCAGUUAAACUGAAAGACAAAUCUUUAAGGAAAAUGAGGGAUGAAAUUUUCCAGGAGGAAGACACUAAUGUACCAUGUGAUAAUAGUGGGGCUGAAGAACCCAUAGAAGUAACUGUAAAUAAUGAUAGUGAAUGUUCAGUACAACCACCAAUGUUAAGGCAAUCCAGUCGAAUAAGUAAACCUCCAGAUCGACUUGAUUUAUAA